AUGGAGAGCUCUACGUAUACGCCCGGGCCCCGCCCACUCAAAGGCGACACGAAUCUGGAGUGUCGCUCCUCGAUCCAAAAGGAGUCCGUCACAUGUACUUCACUCGGUCGCGAAUGGCUUUGGAUACUAGGCCUGCGGAUGAAUCAACUCAGUCUAUCAUUAUCGAAAACGUCAACUCCUCAAAAGAUCUCUGUUCGGGUCUUGCAGGCGUUCCGCCCUUUUACAUUCAGCCAGGUGGUUGUCGCCGAACUUCAAAGUGGCGUUUUACCACUCCCUCCACGCUUCGUCAUAAAAUUCAGCGAUCCGCGACAUAUUCCUAACAGAAUCCCGUUAAUGCGCGAGCUGGACCAAGAACGCAGCACAUCCCCGUGGUCACCAAGAUUCCGCGAUUUCUUCACAGCUCAUCUGCGCGACUUCCGCACGAAGCGUUGGCCGAACCAUUGGAAAUGCACCGGCGCCACUCAGCCUGUCACGCGACAAGAGCGAAUAAACAAAGAUGAAGACUUCUACGAUGAUUGGUUUGCUGAUCGUGAAGGGACGCUCUGUCUAUGGUCACAAGAAAUGGACCACUGGGAGCAAACUUUCGAGUCACACUCCAAUGAAAUGGCUGUCUACCAGGCUCUCGAAUCGCUCCAGGGGCACUCUAUUCCUUGCUUGUUUGGCAGCGGGACGUACAAACCCCCAAUCUAUGGCUUCGACGACCCACUUUUGUCUAGUGUCCCGUUCCUUGCACUCGAGUAUAUUCCUGGCGCACCUCUUCAUCAUAUACAGCUUGCGGCUACAAUAUCCACCAACCCUUCGUCACCUCCACAGAUCACUCCUCCUGAUGCGAAGCGCGCUGCUCAUGCCAUCAUCGACGUCGCUCGAGCUAUCCGCAACCUGGGUGUAAACAAUCCGGACUUCGCAGCAAGAAACAUCAUUUUUGCGAAAUCUGGAUCCGCUUCGUCCCGUAAUCAUCGAUUUCGGCCUGGCUUCAGCGAACAAAGGGCUGGCCACGAAUCUGCAGGACAUCCGGGACGUCUUGUAUGA